AUGAAUUCAAAUUUGACGCCAAUAGAGUAUUUGGAAUCGGAUUUCGUUUCGUUUUUGUACUUUUUUCUUUAUAACAAUCAAAAGUUUCAAUCUGAUGAGUACAACGAUCUUCCCACCAGCUUCUCAUGGCGGAAACUAAGUAGUUUGGUGCUGGAUUUUGAAAAACAGAAUGCUAAAUCAUUGGAAGGCGCAAUAUUAGCUUUGGACCAGCAACUGGAUUAUGUUUCGUACGUUGAGGUGAGUGCUUUGAUAUUGUUGUUGGUUUUUAGGUAUAAACAAGAUGGUUGUCAAGGUUAAUAUGUCGAGUAGAAGCUGGAGACCUUUGUAAUUACAUUUAAUAAGCUUCCUUUUAACAAAUUUCAAUACAGACUUUAAGCAAAUAACUUUUCCAUAUUACAUUACCAACCACUGAAUCUAUCAUCGCCCUUUUGUGCGUAGAUCUCGUAAAACUUGAUAAAACCAAAAAUCCUCUCACAGAAUCGUUCAAAAGACAUUAUUUUAGAUCCUGAAUCAAUUCAAAAGCUACUACACAUCAACUAGCGAAGAUACGAUUAAGUCAAAAGCUCUGUUGGCUAUAGCUAUAAUUGGGUUUGGUCGUAUCUACUUGGGAUAUUACUUUAACUGUAGAAAUUUGGAGCAUUUGGCAGAACAUAACCUUGAGUUCAUCUUGGCUUUUACUCGAAAACACAUUAUGGACCUGUUUCCUAGCGUCGAAGAAUGGGUAAGUUUGGGAUGAUAUAAAGAUUCAGACGCCUUUGUGGGGGUAGAGAGUGGGUCUUUUCCAAAUUUAAUCGACCAAGCGACAUUUUUUAGUUGGAAGACAGUUACAAUAAUAAUUAGAAUACUAUUUUAAAUUUAAAAUUGCUCGAAAUUCAGGCCAAAUUCAACGAAUUUGUGGAGAAGUACGCGGUCGCACCUUAUGAUAGCAUGCUCGACCGGGUUUGUUUAAUAAUCGAUCGGUUGGCGAUUCCAAUGGCUGGCAUUCUGUUCGGAUACAUCAUGUAUCGUAUAAAGAUAGCAUAA